CAAAAUGCCUAUACAGUUGGACAAGAUUUUGGCCGAUAUUGCCAAUGAGGUUGUAUUACAUCCAAACUAUCAGGGCGCCACAAAAAAAGAAAUUGAUGAUGCUUGGGCCAGAGUGGGAAAAAAUAGUAAUUUGUCGGUUCAUGAAUCGCGUUCCAUAUUCAAGGUACUGCAGAAAAAAUAUGACCAAGAGAAAUUGAAAGAGACAUCGGCUUGGAAGCUAUUUGCUGUUAUGGAUAAAAUACAUAAGAAAGUAGAAGCCAAGCCGGAACCGUCGCCAGCUAAAGAAGAAGAAUCUUCCGCCGCCAUGGAAGAGGAUGAACAAUAUGAAAUGUUGGAGGUACAAGAAGAAGAAGAUGGUGGUGGUGAACAACAUGGCCAACAUUCUGGUGAAUCUGGUUCGGAGGCCGAAAGUCCCAAUAAAUCAAGUCAAAGUUAUGGUACAUCACCGGACAAACAAGAAGAACAAAAACCACAAAUUAAUUUAAAAAAUGCACCAAAACAACAGACCACACCCACAACUACUUCCUCCUCUCCAGGGUCAGAGAAUAUUAGACCCAACAGUGGAGCCGCCAAGUUGUUAAAUUCAAUGGCCACGGUAAAUAGUGCCAAGCCAAAUAUUGCAACAACACCCACUUCGGUGACCGCGGCAGCUCUACAAAAGAAAGGCAUUACCAUGAAGAAGACCAGUAUAGGUUCACAAGGUAACCAACAGCAAGGACGAUCAAUUAUUAAAACUCAACAAGGACGUACAGCUGCCAAUGCUGGUGCCAUGCAUGGUUUGGAAGUUGGAAAAACCAUACAAUUACCCGAGUCACUAAAACGUAAAUUGUCCACAGAACCCUCUACACCACAAAAUAAAAGAGUAAACCAACAGCAUACACCCCAGUCAAAUAAAGGUUCUCCCUCAUCGGCUUCUGCAAAAUCUUCACCACAAGCACAGCAGCAACAACAACAUACCACAACUGCCCAGCUGUUACAGCUCAAACAGGAAUGUCAAGAACAACAACAGCGUCAGCAGAACUCUGGAGCAACUCCAACAGGCAUUAAUGUCAUUACCAUACCGGCAAAUCCUACGGGCAAUCUUGUCAAUGGCAUUAUCAACACAAAUGCCGGAACUGGAGGACCCUCAUCAUCGACCGCUGCCACAGUGGCUUCCACCACAUCCACAAAUGGUUUUUCACCACGCAUUGAAGAUAUCGAUUUUCGUAAUGAUAUCAUAUUCGAUUCAAAUAAUGCGGUCAAUGGUGGUGGCUCCGCGAUUCCUGCCGGCAAAGUACAAAAUGCCUCGGAAAUUAUCAAUUUGGGUAAUUUCGAUAACUCACUGCCGCCAACAUUCUUUAAGAAUCUAUGCAAUUCCUCACGUCAUGAGGCAUUGGGUUUGUAUGUGGCAAAUGUUAUGAAUCGUUUGCGUCCACGUUCAGCCGCAAAACUAGAAGUUGGCAUAUUACGAGCCAUUCUAGAUGUACAAAGUGAUGAAUUGGAUCAGUAGAUGUG